CCCGACUAUACAUACUCUUGUACAGUACGGUGUGCAACGGUCGAACCACCUUGCAUAUACCGAAUGAAGUUGGAUAUUCUUCUUCAUGUUUAGAAAGACCAAUUUUACAACAUCAACUUAGAAGUCACAACUACCCCUCCUCAUCGCGGGGUAAGCAGUCAUCAUGCCCUUCUCCCACCACAGCCACUCAGGGCAAUUCUGCCCCGGCCACGCCAAAGACUCCUUGGAGGAGAUCAUCCAACUAGCCAUCCAGAAACGCUUCCACACCUUCUGUCUAACCGAGCACAUGCCCCGACACCAGGAGGACUUUUACCCUGAAGAGAUCGAAGCCGGCAACACCGAAGAAAGCCACCUCGCCAACGAAAAAGCCUACUACGCCGAAGCCACGCGCCUACGCACCAAGUACAGCGCGGCAGGAAUUAACAUCCUCAUCGGCUUCGAGAUCGACUGGAUCCGCGAACCGGGCUCCCUCGCCCUGAUCCAGCAGUCCCUGGCCGCCCACCCCUUCGACUUCUUCAUGGGCUCGAUCCACCACACCUGCACCGUGCCCAUCGACUACGACCGCGCCAUGUACGAGCAGGCCCGCGCCGCCGCCGGCGGCUCCGACGAGCGCCUGUUCGCGGCCUACUUCGACGAGCAGCUGGCGAUGCUGCGGCAGGUGCGGCCGCUGGUCGUCGGGCACUUCGAUCUGAUCCGGUUGAAGAGCGACGAGCCCGAUGGGAGUCUGCGGCGGUGGGGUCUCCACGAAGAUGGGGUCUGGGCGAAGGUGCGCCGCAACCUGGCGUUCGUGGCGGGCUACGGGGGUCUGCUGGAGGUAAAUUCGGCGGCGUUGCGGAAGGGGAUGCGCGAGCCGUAUCCGAUGGGGGAGGUUUGUCGGGAAUUCCUCGCCCUCGGCGGCCGCUUCGUGCUCUCGGACGACAGCCACGGGCUGGACCAGGUAGGGCUGAACUACCACCGCGUGCUGCCGUGGCUCGAGGCCGUGGGCAUCACGACGGUGCAUUAUCUGGCGUUAUCCGAUCAAGACGACGGGGUCGUUGAUCCGCGGUUCCCUCGCACGCGCGUUCGGGGCAUGUCUGUGGCAGAGAUGAAGAAGUUGCCGUUUUGGGGGGCCAACGCUACUGCAGCCUGAUUUUGGGGUCUGCAUGGGAAGAGCUCGGAGCAUGCAGGGGAUUUGCUUUUUGUGAUACAUGGAGGGCUAUCUGCACGGUACUUAUUUUCUGGCAGAGUAUAUGCAUACUAUAUCAAUCAAUCAACCUAUCUAUCU